ACAAUGUCGUUAUAAAGCUUGGAUUCAAUGAAACGUCAAAACAGCUACGAACUUUUUGUGAGAAUUAACAAGUUACGUGACGUGAAAGAAAUUCAAACGAUGCUGAUUUUAUGACGUUUCCUUUCAUGACGUUUUAAUUAUGUGAUAUCGUGUCAAAUAUGAAAAAUAUAGUAGGCAAAGUAGUUGUUCUCGGUUCGCAAGGUGUCGGAAAGACGAGUAUUAUAGUUAGAUAUGUUGAGAAUGUCGUCAAUCGUCCUAUCAAUCCAACUAUAGGAGCUAGCUUUUUUACCUGUAAAUUAAAUAUAGCUGAUACCGAAGUUAAAUUACAGGUAUGGGAUACAGCGGGUGAGGAAAGAUUUAAGUCAAUGGCGCCAAUGUAUUAUCGUAAUGCGAACGCCGCCAUGUUGGUAUUCGAUGUUACCCGAUAUAAUAGUUUCGCAGCUAUUAAAAAUUGGGUUACGGAAUUGAAGAGAAACGUCGAGGAACAAAUGGUAUUAACGGUUAUCGGUAAUAAAUCAGAUCUAUUCAACGAUCGAGAAGUAGACACCGAAGAAGGUAGAUGUUAUGCGAAUAAAAUCGGUGCGACUUAUCACGAAACUUCUGUAAUACAUAAUGAUGGAAUAGAAAAGGUUUUUUUGGCAAUAGCCAAUGGAUUGAUAAGUUUAUCUUCUGGUAACACGGAAAUAACGUCCGCGUUAAGGAUCACCGAUUCGAACAAUUUUGGAUUGAAUAAUUCUGGCAUAUUAUUGACACCUUCCGAAGAAAUUGCACAGAAUCCAAACAUCGCACUUGGAAUAAACGAAAAGAUUCGUACUUGUUGUUAAUCCAUCCUCUCCCCUCUUUCUAAUUGCAUGAUCAACGGGUGUUCAUUUUUUUUUCUCUCUGUCUCUCUUUUUUUCUUGCCUUUUAUUUUAUACUCUUUUUCUUUUCUUUUUUUUUUUUUUUUUACUUUUUAAUUCGUCUUUUAAAAAGUACACCUUGUUGUCAAUACAACAAUGUCUUAAAGAUUUAAAAAAAAACAACGCGCGCGCGCGUGUGUGUGCCUGUGUGUAUGUGUGUGUGUGUGUGUGUACGUGCGUGCGUGCGUGCGUGUGUGCGCGGAUCGUCGCCGUCUUCCACGAGAUAACAAUAACAUAUCUUUAAUCUUUAAUUAUUGUAUAUAAAAAAUUCAUAUCAUUAUUAGAGUCGACGACUAAACUUGUAACGAUUGAUUAGUUUUAAUCAAUAUAUUAUGAUUGUAGAUUGUACGAUUAAACAUUAAUGUUUGAUCGUACGCGUUUGAUAAUCUAAUAAUUAUCUUCGAUUAAAUAGAUUCACAGCCGCUAAUAUUACAUGCGUAUAACCAAAAUGAAAAGAAAACAAAGAAAAAGAAAGGAAAAAAAGAAAAAAUGAAAGAAAGAAAAAUAAUGAUUCCAACACGAUUGUCAAUUGUAGUUCAUUAUGAUGAAACAAAAAACACGUAUUUUAAAGUGUAUAAUAAUGCCAAACAUAUAAAUCAUUAUGAACACGUUGGAAAUACGUAAUGAACUGUUCUUAACUCUAGACUGACAUAUUUUUUUUUUUUUCUUCUUCUUCUUCUUCUUUUUUCUUUUUUCCUUUUUUUCAAUAUUUCUACAACAUAUCGUACAAAAUCAAUGGCCUCGAUAGUAGAUAUAUCAAUAAUAAUUAUUUAUUAGUAUGAAACAACAGUAUUCCAAUAACAUCGAUCUAACUUAUUUCCUAUCGUAAUAUUAUAUUGAUAUUAACAAAACGUUUUAAUAUAAACACAUCGUGCUUUCUUUUCUUCGUUUUCUAUGGUUUUUUUUUCUCCUCUUUUAUUGUUCUUCUUCUUUUUUUUUUUUUCCUUGUCGAAAAAAAAGGACUAAAUAUGUUUUAUAAAAAACUUUUCUAUAAAAUUUAUAUAUAUAUAUAUAUAUAUAUAUAUAUAAAUAUACAUACUUGAAUGUAUGUAUUAUACUGCCUCUACAAAGUACACGCUAUAGGAUUUAAAAAGUUUUCAUUAAUUUAAUUUCAUUGUGUCUUCUAUUUCUCCACCUUUUUUCUCAAAUUUUUGUUACAAUAGUCGAUUAGAUCAUAAAUACAAUUUUGUACCUAACGAAAAAAAGAGAAUAUAUAUUUAUUAUAAAAAUAUGAUAUCUAUAAUUAUUUUCAAUCUAUCCCUUUGAUGUUGGUGUUAAUUUUAGAAAGAGAGAGAAAGAGGAUAAUCACACAAUGAGUCAUUCUCACUCCAUAGGCCGAGUUUCACGGACCGUAACGACGUCCCAGCUUUGUCUACCUACAUUUAGUAACUUCAUCUCAUUUUCAAUUAUGUAAGCCUUCGUUUGCUAUGCAUCUAGGCCUAUUAGGACUUGACUUCGUCGAAAAACAAGUUAGACUAGGUAGAAAAUCUAAUGCUCAGGGUCAUCCUCUCGCGUGCUUCAGAGUUCAAGGAACUAUGAUCGUCUCGACAUCAAUCGACGUCAAUAAAAAAAAAAAAAAAAAAAAAAAAGAAAAGAAAAAGAAGAAGAAGAAGAGAAAAACAAAAUUUCGAAGGAUUAUGAUUCUUAUGGAGGAGGAAGAAAAAAAAAGGA